AUGAGCGAUUUCAACUACGAUUCCGUGGCUGGCAUCAAGGAGGAAUGCAUGGGGAUUCCUAACAUCACCGAGCAUGUCUUUAAAAAGCAAACGCUUCAGCGAAAGCAACCGCAAUACCACAACGGGCAGAGCGACGAAAUGUUUAAGGAGCAGAAGAGUGUCGUCGUUCACGAAUCGUCAGACACCGACGCCAGUCAGACAUCAUCCGCACGAGCCGCAAGAUUCGCUGCUUCGAAAGUAGUACUUUUUCCUGGUUUUGUUUUGAUUUGA